UGGGGGGUUAGUGUGACGUCACAGAGCGAGAGGAUAGGAGAAGUGGAGAGGAGAUCUGUGUCACCGUAGCAGACAUGGCGAAAUUUCUAUCCCAGGAUCAAAUUAACGAGUUCAAGGAGUGCUUCUCUCUGUACGACAAGAAGCACAAGGGGAAAAUCGCAGCCCAGGACCUGAUCACCGUCAUGCGCUGCCUGGGGACCAGCCCCACCUUUGGGGAGGUGGAGAGGCACCUGCAGAUCCACAAGAUAGACAAAAACGGAGAGCUGGAUUUCUCCACCUUUCUGACCAUGAUGCACCGGCAGAUCCAGCAGGAGGACCCCAAAGCGGAGAUCCUGGAGGCCAUGCGCAUGACGGAUAAGCAGAAGAAGGGCUACAUCCUGGCCUCAGAGCUGAGGGCGAAACUGACCGGGCUGGGCGAGAAACUGACCGACAAAGAGGUGGACGACCUGUUCAGAGAGGCAAACGUGCGUCCAGAUGGCGUUGUGCAGUACGAGGAGUUCACAAGAAUGGUGACCCUUCCACCGCCAGACUACUGAGAUGGAGAGCACAAAGCUUCGUGGACGGCUGUCCUCUUGCCCAGCUCACUCACUCAAUUAUUAACCACGGCCGCAUCCCCUUCCCUCCCCUGUAAUCUAUCCUGGCUGAAUAGCACAGACGCAUCUUCGGUAUCAAUUAUUGCAGAUAAAGUUAAAAAAGAGUAAGACAAAAUUACAUGAAUACAAAGAUUAAAAGUUUAAAGUGAACAACAACAAACAUUGAAACAUCCAACCAUCACUUUUCAUAUACAAUUUUGGUAGGCCGUGGCAGCUUAAUGUGGGAUGCAUUACUAAUGUCAUUAGAGUGUAUCACCAUUAAGCACUUAGUGAUCUUUAGGAUAAUGUGGAUAAUGGCUUUUGAUUUAAUGUAGGACUUAAAUAUUCUUCAUUGUGCUAAGAAUGUAGUAUUUAUUAGUGGUGUUAUGUCUUGAGCUUGUCCUUAGGGAAUGUGGUUUAUAGAAAUGCAGGACUAAGAUUGCAAUGUGUGAUUAAAUAUUACAUGUUCCUUGAAGUA